GAAAGUGGGUGGUGUACGGUCGUCCGGAAUUCGUCCGGAUGAUUCAAGAAUAUCUGGCUCAAUACUUUGUAGAGUUACAACAUUACGAGUUCCGUUCCCCCCGGUGGUCUCAAUGGGUGUUUAGUGUUUAGUUUCACGAGAACCACUAUCAGCCACUGCGUUAGUCAGUAAGCCCCGCUAUAAGAAGCGGUGACGACCAGCCAGUUGGAAAGUUUUAGCGGUCAGGGUUGCCCCAAUUGUUUACUACGACCAGCAGGUGCAAACAAUCAACAAUUGCUUUUUGUGUCAACCGCCGGACAACGUAAUGGCACCGUGGAGACGAUCGCUGGCUUUCGGCCUGUGCUUCGUGGUGCUGCUCAGCCUGACCUCCCGAUCGUGGGGGUACUUUUACAGCGAGAACCACGAGGGAAGCACCAACGACCGGUUCUGUUUCUGUCAGCUGCAGGGAACGAUCGACGACUGCAGUUGCAACGUGGAUACCGUGGAUUACUACAACAAUGUGAAGAUCUUUCCUCGGCUCAAGAGUCUGCUGGUGAAGGAUUUCUUCCGGUACUACAAGGUGCACCUGGAGAAAGAGUGCCCGUUUUGGGUCGACGACAGCAAGUGUGCCAUGCGCUUUUGCCAUGUUGAGCACUGCGAAGAGAAAGACAUACCGCCCGGGCUGAAGGGGGACGUGUCUUCCUAUCACAAGUACAUUAAAGAGGUACAGACACUCACGAACUGCAACGAAGACUUGAAUGCGGAACUAGGCUACCUGAACACGAGCAUAAGCGACAAGGCACACAAAGAGUUCCAGGUGUGGGCCGAUUAUGACGAAGCGCAAGACAAUUUCUGCAUUCUCGACGAUCAUGAACCGGGCGCCCAGUACGUCGAUCUGCUGCUCAACCCGGAACGGUACACGGGGUACCGCGGGGAAUCUGCACGACGCAUCUGGAGCAGUAUUUAUUUAGAAAAUUGCUUCCAAGCUCACUCGGUGAAGAAAAAGAGUGCCUACUCGGCGAUGAUCCCGUAUCAGGAUAUGGCUCGGAAUGAGGUUUGCCUUGAGCAUCGGGUGUUUUACCGGAUGAUAUCGGGGUUGCACUCGAGCAUUAACAUACACCUCUGUGCCAACUAUCUGCUGUCGGAGAAGGGCUCGCUAGGGUUCGUGGCUCCGACCGGGCUCUGGGGUCCGAACAUGGAGGAGUUCGAGCGUCGCUUUAGCCCACACAUGACCGACAACGAGGGUCCACACUGGCUGAGAAACCUGUACUUUGCGUACCUCGUGGAGCUGCGCGCACUGGCCAAAGCAGCCCCGUACCUUCGGAACGAAGAGUACUUUACCGGGCUCGAGAAGGAUGAUCGGGAGGUGAAGAUGGCCGUGAAGGAUUUGCUGACCGUGAUCGAAGCUUUCCCGUCGCACUUCAACGAAACGGUUAUGUUCAGUGGCGGUGGUACAUCGGCCAUCAAGCUGAAGCACGAGUUCCGGGAGAAGUUUAUGAACAUUUCCAAGAUCAUGGACUGCGUCGGUUGUGACAAGUGUCGACUGUGGGGGAAGCUACAGGUGCAGGGUAUGGGGACGGCGUUGAAAAUUCUCUUUUCCGGCAAAUUUGACGACAAGUUCGACGAGAACGGCAUCAGCACGCGGCUCAAGCAGCAGCAAUCGCCGUCGUUAAAGUUGAAGCGAGGUGAAAUCGUGGCACUAUUUAACGCAUUCGGCCGGCUGUCGACAAGCAUACACGAGCUGGAGGAGUUCCGGCAGCGGAUGCGAUGAUGGGAAGAGAGACUAGCCUACCAAACUUAACCGUUACAACGACUUUGUGAUGAAAGCCCAGACUUGUAAAAACCCAACUCUACUCCGAACUUGAGACAGUGAUUUUCCCGUGGCUCGUUUACGAAAAGACUUAGUAACCUCCCUGGUCGCGGUCCCGUUGGGGGUGUGGUUAAUAUUAAAUUAUUUUAAUUCUCCCUGUUUGUUUUCCUAUUUUUGUUCGAUGCUUAGGAUAACUCGUAUAUGUACUCGGCAGCUCGACCGGGUACGGUUUGUGUACUGAUCUCGAAGAUCAAGAUGAUAUUUACAAACCACGUGAACGGUGUUCACCCCCCACCCGCAAAACGCGAUCGUUGGUAGACGUGAUCGUGUAGAUACAGACAGGAUAUACACGAAGAGAAUAGCCGCCCGAUUAGAUGGGCCCCCCUUUUUGGUACGGAACCGUUCCCGUACCGUUUCCUACUAACUUAUACCUACCUAGUACCAACACUACCCUGGUAAAUGUUUUCACAAUGGAUGUAAAUUAUGAGUGUACAAUCAACCGUAUGAGUUUUUGUAAAUAAAUAGCCAAUAUUACAAUUCAUAA